UUGUGUGAUUGGCUGGGGUGGAUGUAACAAUCAGUUUGAAUUGUUAGCUAGGGUAAAGAGAGGCAGCUUUGGGCGAGGCUGGUUAAAGAGGACUUCAAGCGAACAGCGUUAGUACAACUGUAAAGUAAACCGAGUCUUGGGAAAAAAAAGAUGUGCAAAAGUAAGCAACGACAACAUAAAUUGAGAGCCAGGAGGAAAUAUUGGAGGAAAAGGAGGCAAGGAAUCAUUCAGCCUCCGUGCCUAAAAGCUCUCCCUCCAGAGCCUACAGAAAGUACUCAUAUUCAGAAUGGAUCCCGCUGCUCUCGGCCUUCAGCUUUCCUGAGCCUAACAGGAGCAGUGAAACCUUUGCUGACCGCGGUCUCGGGUUGCUGUCUGUGGUGCUGGAAAAUGGUUUUGCAGAUUUUCGAAGUCAUGAAAAGCUCAGUCUUCCCAUCAGCUGCAUAUCGGCAGGAGCUCCGCACACUCAGAGAGCGGUUAGAAAAGCUGGAAGCGGAAUUUUCCAGGCUGCAAUCGUUGGUUCAGAAUGGAGUUGCUGCUCCUUCUGCUGAGAUGGUUGCUUGCCAAGGCUCAGGGAGUCCAUUGCUGGCUUUUCCUGCACAGACAGAAGUUGGCUUACCAGGCCUGGGGUCUCUUCCUUCCCAACUGAUGGUGCCACCUCCUCCUCCACCUCCACCGCUGCCUCCACCACCACCUCCACCAGCACCUCUUUGCUUCAAAAAGACUGGUGGGAUCAAGACACAGCCGCAGGCAACCUCGUCGAGAAAAGAUGUCCCCAUGCAAAUAACACUCCAGGACCUCCUGAAAGUAAAACUAAAGAAAACACAAAACAACACUGGGAUUGACAAGAAGGGGUCGCCAUUGGAGCACCGCAAGGCACUAGUCACUGUCUCCGAUUUGCAAAGUAUGAACCUGAAAUCCAAAGCCCCACGUCCGCUUGUUCGUGUCACUAAUCAUUUAAUAACUCCUAGCAAAAGUGCUUUAGACUUUCGAAAACACCUCAAAAAGCUUGCUAUUAAGAGGAGCCCAGGGGGAACCCCCUUAACUAACAAAGAGAAUGCUGAAACCGGUACGGGACUGACCCCACUCAUGACCCAGGCUCUACGGCGCAAGUUCCAGUUUGCUCACCCAAAGAGCCCAUCUCCAGCUCAGUUACCUCGAAGAGGCAGCUUUGAAGAGCAAAGUUAACAGAAGAUCUCCUGAUACGAAGUCCAACCACGGCCAUGAAGGAAUUUGAGUUUAGAAGCUCUCUCAAGGAGGAUUGAACAGUGGCUGAUCCCAUAUAUUACUGAAUGUGACUACCAGCAAUCCUAAAUAGCAUAGGCGUUGUUGAGGAUUGUUUGAAGUUGCGAUCCAGCAAGAUUUGUAAGAACAGACUUUGCUUCUCUUGCUGCUCUAGAGCAGCCUUGGCCAAGUUGGCACGCCUUGAGAUUGUUGGACUACAACUCCCAGAGGAUGCUAGCCCACAAUGCUUGCACAUCCAGCCCUCCACGUUUAUGGGUUUGAUUUUUGCUGAUAGAUUUACACAUGAAACUGUUACUAUAUAACAUUCAGAAUGGCUUAUCUUAUGCCAACUUUCAGUAACUUGGCACAAGUCUUUAUUGUAAGAAUUGAACAAAGAAAUGUUUGUUUAUGGAUUCUCAGGCACAUAAAGC